UGUCGUACAGCGCUCUCUAUCUUUCUCUCCCUCUAUUCUCUUGGAAUAGGAGAGGCUGGAUUCGGGAGAAGGGCCGCCAUUAUUGGGAAGCUGAAAAAAUACACUUAGACACCGUAAAACAUUUGGGCAGUCUAUGUAAUGAUUCUCAUAGGAAACAUAACAUCUAGUUGUUUUUUUUUUUAUUGAGCAUUGCGCAACACUCAACACCGCAUAUUCUGUGUAGCCUACGCAUAUGGGCAGCUCUGUGUUUUGGACACAACAAAGGAAAUAAUAAUUGGUCAAAAACAACGUGGUGAAUCAAGAGGAAGACCCAACGAAACAACCUUUUCAAACGCCCCCUCUUUCCCAACGAGUACGGACAUCCAGUGGACAAGGAACUUAAGUUUUACUACAUUUGUCUACCUAACAUAGGUGUUUUUCUGUACGUCCAAAGGCAAAAGGAAGAACUCAACAUGCAGAUGGUACCGAAAACUUCAUAGGCUACUUGUGAAAAUGGAGACUUGAAUUCAAGGAAAAAAUAUACCAACUGUCUAAAAGGGAAAUAUAAAUAUGUAUGUGUAGGACUGUUAGAGGAGUACACUUUUCUGUCUUCAUUAAUUCAAUUUUCAAGACAUUGGGAGUGCUGUUUUGUUAGUGGCGGCGGAGGACAUUCUAAAGAAAGCAGUGAACGAGAGGAGAGAAAGGGAGGAAUGCUAUGGUUCAGACCAAAGGCCAGUAACAAUCCUUGCAUGGAAAGACCACCAGUCGACCUCCUCCCUAGAGCUUGUGGGCAUGGCAGGAUGAGUGUCUGUGUUCGACGAUGAUGGCCAAAAAGCAAGAUGCGAAGUCGCCCACCUACAACCUGGUCGUGGUGGGCCUGUCUGGCACGGAGAAAGAGAAAGGGCAGUGUGGUGUGGGCAAGUCCUGCCUGUGCAACCGCUUUGUCCGUCCCAGCGCGGAUGACUUCUACCUGGAACACACCUCUGUGCUCAGCACCAGCGAUUUCGGUGGGCGCGUGGUGAACAAUGACCAUUUCCUGUUCUGGGGGGAAACAGGCCGGUUGAUGGAGGAGGGGCCUGAGUGCAGGAUGCAUGUAGUGGAGCAGACAGAGUUCAUUGAUGACCAGACGUUUCAGCCACAUCGCUCCACAGCCCUCCAGCCCUACAUUAAGAGGGCAGCUGCUAACAAGCUGGCCUCGGCAGAGAAGCUGAUGUACUUUUGCACAGACCAGCUUGGACUGGAGCAGGACUUUGAGCAGAAGCAGAUGCCUGAGGGCAAGCUGAUGGUGGAUGGCUUCCUCCUUUGUGUGGAUGUCAGCAGGGGAAUGAACCGCAACUUUGAUGACCAGAUGAAGUUUGUCACUAAUCUCUAUAACCAGCUAGCCAAAAACAAGAAGCCAGUGGUGCUGGUCCUUACCAAGUGUGACGAGGGGGUGGAGCGUUACAUCAAGGACUCGCACACCUUUGCCCUGACCAAGAAGAACCUUCAGGUGGUAGAGACGUCAGCACGCUCCAAUGUCAAUGUAGACCUGGCAUUUCUUACGCUGGUGCAACUGAUAGACAAGGGCCGGGGCAAACCCAAGAUCAUCCCCUACUUUGAGGCUCUGAAACAGCAGAGCCAGCAGAUCGCCACGGCUAAAGACCGUUAUGAAUGGCUGGUCAGCCGCAUCGUGAAGAAUCACAAUGAGACGUGGACCAAUACCAAGCGGCGCAUGCAGACCUCCUCAGAGUAUAAGGAUUAUGUCUUCUUGGAGGGCACGACCAAAGCCCAUAAGCUUUUCCAGGAGCACGUUCUCAGGCUAAAAAAGGAGCACAUUGAGCGAAGGCGGAAGGUCUACCUCAGCAAACUGCCUCAGGCACUAAGUUCCCUAGUCUCAGACUUGGAUGAAAUUGACCACCUGAGCUGGUCUGGGGUCCAGAAGGUCCUGGAGACCAAGCAAGAUUUCCCCAACUGGUUUGUUGUGUUGGACACGCCUUGGGAUUCCAAACCACACAUUGACAAUGUAGAUGAUGAUAGGAUUCCGCAGGACCUCCUGGAGACGCCCGUGGCUGAGACUAUAUACGAUGCUCAUUUGGAGCAACUGAGAAAUGAGCGUAAACGGGCAGAGAUGAGAUGGGAGUUCAAAGAAAAACUAAUUGCAUCUCCCUUUGUCACUGCUGGCAAACCCUGGGAGGAGGCACGCAGCUUCAUAAUGAACGAAGACUUCUAUCAGUGGCUGGAGGAGCCAGAGUACCUAGACAUCUACAACAAGCACCAGAAAGAGAUUAUUGACCGAGCCAAGGAAGACUUCCAGGAGCUGCUGCUAGAAUACUCUGAGCUCUUCUAUGAGCUGGAAGUGGACGCCAAGCCCAGCAAGGAGAAGAUGGGGGCCAUCCAGGAGAUGUUGGGGGAGGAGCAGCGGUUCAAGGCCCUGCAAAAGUUACAGGCUGAAAGGGAUGCUCUAGUACUUAAGCACAUCCACUUUGUCUACCACCCUACCAAGGAGACCUGCCCCAAUAGCCCCCACUGUGUAGACUGUAAGAUCGAACAGGUUCUAGCCUCCAAGUUCCCUACUCGAUAUUCCUUCUUUGAUAGCCAGAAAAUGGGUGAUGGCAAGGCGGACAGGAUAAACCUGGUUAUUCUAGGUAAAGAUGGCCUGGGUAGAGAAUUGGCCAAUGAGAUCAGGGCUCUGUGCACCAAUGAUGACCGAUAUGUACUGGACGGAAAAAUGUACGAGUUGUCCCUCCGCCCCAUAGAGGGCAAUGUACGUCUUCCGGUGAACUCUUUCCACACCCCCACCUUCACCCCCCAUGGAGUCCUGUGUCUGUACAACUCUAAGGAGUCGCUGUCGUACAUUAUGGAGAGCAUUGAGAAGCUGAGAGAGUCCACGCUGGGCCGGAGAGAAAAUAGCCUUUUCCAGCUCCCCAUGAACCUGCUCCUUGUUACCAAACGGGGCGUGGGCUCCAUCGGUGACAUGGGGGGCGAGACGGCCCACUCACUCAUUCUCCAAGGGCAGCAGGUGGCAGGGAAGCUGCAGUGUGGUUACCUGGACCCUGCUUCUCCUGGGACAGGCUAUGGACGCAAUGUGAACGAAAAGCAGAUCAACCAGGUUUUGAAGGGCCUGUUAGAGUGCCGCCGCCCCCCGGGGAGCAUCGGCAGCAGCUCUCCCCCAUCGGCCUUCAGAGACUCUCACUCCCAGCCCGUCCCUGAGACAGACCUGCGGAUAGUCAUGUGCCUGAUGUGCGGGGACAAUUAUGAUGUGGAACAGCUCCUCUCGCCCCUCCUACUGCCCAAGCACUGUCGACCGGCCUCCAGCUUGAGCAGCGGCACCUCCGUUCUCCUGGAGCUCACAGUGGGGGCCCAGAGGCAAACUGUCGACCUGUCCUUGCUCUCCUUCCACUCCUCGUUCGCCCUAAGGAAGAGCCGCCUAGUGCACGGCUACAUCGCCGUGUACUCUGCGCGGCGCAAGGCGUCCAUGGAGACCCUGUGUGCUUUCCUCUGUGAGGUGCAGGACAUCAUUCCCGUGCAGCUGCUAGCUGUCGGGGAGAGCCAGUCUGAGCUGUCGGACAAUGAGGUGUCCAGGGAGCAGGUGAGCCAGGGAGAGGAGCUGGCCCGGGAGAUCGAGGCCAAGUUCAACACUGUGGUGUGUGGCCCUGGAGGGGUGGUGGGAGGCCUGCACCGGAUAGACCUCUUCCAGCCCUUCCUGAAGGAGGUGGUGGAGAAACGCACCAUCGUGGAGGCCACACACAUGUAUGAUAACGCCGCUGAGGCCUGCACCACGGAGAGCACGAGCCCGGCCCGCUGCAAUUCCCCGAGCCCCGUCAACAACCUGCUGGACUCCGAGGAGGACGUGGAGCCUUCGCCCCCGUACACCGAUGGCACCCUCACCUCCCAGCUCGGCGGCUUCAAGAUCCCUGAGCUGGACUCCAGCGACACCUUCUCCGUCAUCUCGGACAUCAACAGCUUCGAGAGCAGGCUUAACAACAAGGUGCCGCCUCAGGUGAAGCCCAAGCCGGUACGUAAAGUCAACCUGGGGCCCUACAUGGACCAGCAAGGGACUAACCGGCGCUCCUUACCCCCUGCGGUCACCUGGGCGCCGGGCAGCGACGGUGGCUACGACCCCUCGGACUACGCGGAGCCCUUGGACGCGGUGACCAAGCCUCGACCGACGGAGGAAGAAAGCAUCUACUCCGUGCCCCACGACAGCACGCAGGGCAAAAUCAUCACCAUCCGCAACGCGAGCAAGCAUUCCAACGGCGGGGGCAAUGGCUCGGACAGCGAGGCCGACAGUGGCUCCCUGGAGAGGAGGAGGAAGCAGUCCAUUCCCGGGGUGAAGCCGCGGUUGUACCGCGACCGCUCCAAACGCCUGGGCAAGUUCAGCAACUUCCGCACAAGCUUCUCCAUCGGCAGUGAUGACGAGCUGGGGCCGCCCAAGGUACCCGAGGAGCUGGGCGGGGCGCACAAGGGGGACAACUCUUUGAACGAGGAGGGCGAGGACCCCAAGAGGAGGAAUAUUCUCAGGAGCCUACGUCGCAACACCAAGAAACCGCGGCCCAAGCCCAGGCAUUCCAUAUCCAAAGUAGAAAGCAACUACUUUGGCGUGCCACUGGUCAACGUGGUAACACCCGACAGACCCAUCCCGCUCUUCAUCGACAAGUGCAUACGAUACAUCGAAGCGACAGGUAUCACCACUGAGGGGCUCUACAGGGUGAGCGGGAACAAGGCGGAGAUGGAGAGCAUGAUGAGACAGUUUGACCAGGACCAUAACCUGGACCUGGUGGAGAAGGACUUUACUAUCAAUACAGUUGCCGGGGCCAUGAAGGCCUUCUUCUCUGAGCUACCUGAACCCCUGGUGCCCUACAGCCAUCAGAUCGACCUGGUGGAGGCCUUCAAAAUCAACGAUAGGGAUCAGCGGGUCCAGGCCAUGAAAGACGUCCUGCGGCGCUUUCCCAGGGAGAACUACGACGUCUUCAAAUACGUCAUCAGCCACCUCAACAAGGUGAGCCAAAACAAUCGGUCGAACCUGAUGACCAGCGAGAACCUGUCCAUCUGCUUCUGGCCCACGCUGAUGCGUCCAGACUUCACCACCAUGGACGCCCUGACAGCCACGCGGACCUACCAGACAAUCAUCGAGUCCUUCAUCCACCAGUGUGCUUUCUUCUUCUACAAUCAGCCCCUGUCUGACACGCCCAGUGGGCAUGCCUCCCCCACCUCCACCCUGUCCUCCCACGGGGGAACCUCCGCCUACUCCUCCCUGGUCUUCAACUCCCCGAGUGUCACGCCCGCCCCGGCCCCCUACGUCAUGCCCGCCACGCCGCCCAUCAUCCCCCACUACGGGCCGCCCUUUUCCCAUAGCCACAUCCAGCAGUCCCCGCCACGCUCCCCGCCCCCCACCCCGCAGUCCCCUGUCCAGUCCCUGGUGCCCUCGCUGCACCCCCACCCCCCUCCUACAGAACAACACAUGCUGUGAACCUGGAAUGGAAGGGAAGCGGGAAAUGAGAGACGGAGUGACUGAGGUUCAGGGGAAACGUGAGAGAGGAACACACCCAGAGAAGAUGAAGGGGUGGACAGAAAGACAAAGGGAGAUAGAGUGAAUUUGAGAGGCAAAGGACAGAAAUUGUGAAGUGAGUUGGGGCGGGGGGGGGGGGGGGGGGGUUGAGUGAGCGGAAGUUCAUGUAGGGAGUAACAGAUUUUGGGAGAGUGGAAAAGGGGGUUGUUUGGGAGAGGGGGAUCCCAACCCCAAUUGUUUUUAAGACACACACACACUACACAGGGGUGGAGGUGGGAAAGAGAAACUUUUGAGGCUCUAGUCCAACGUGUCCUCCCGUAUCUAAUCUCUAGAGUCCCACCCACCCACAAACACACUCUGCUGUCUCCUGGUAGCCUCAUCUGGACAGCCCAGUGUGGCCAGCCGGGCUCCCCCAGGAACUGCCACGCGUCUGGCAUUCAAAAGAGACCUUGGAACUGCUGACUGUAGACAGACAGGAUAUCUUUGGGGGAGGUAUGGGAGGAACUGACUGUAGACAGACAGGGUGUUUGUGGGUGAGGUAUGGAAGGAACUGACUGUAGACAGACAGGGUAUCUUUGGGUGAGGUAUGUGAGGAACUGACUGUAGACAGACAGGGUGUCUUUGGGUGAGGUAUGGGAGGAACUGACUGUAGACAGACAGGGUGUUUGUGGGUGAGGUAUGGAAGGAACUGACUGUAGACAGACAGGGUAUCUUUGGGGGAGGUAUGUGAGGAACUGACUGUAGACAGACAGGGUAUCUUUGGGUGAGGUAUGGAAGAAACUGACUGUAGACAGACGGUGUUUGUGGGUGAGGUAUGGGAGGAACUGACUGUAGACAGACAGGGUAUCUUUGGGUGAGGGUAUGGGAGGAACUGACUGUAGACAGACAGGGUAUCUUUGGGUGAGGUAUGGGAGGAACUGACUGUAGACAGACAGGGUAUCUUUGGGUGAGGUAUGGGAGGAACUGACUGUAGACAGACAUGGUGUUUGUGGGUGAGGUAUGGGAGGAACUGACUAGACAGACAGGGUCUUUGUGGGUGAGGUAUGGGAGGAACUGACUGUAGACUGACAGGGUAUCUUUGGGUGAGGUAUGGGAGGAACAUGAACUAUAUAGAUCUGCUGUCUGGACCCUGAACCCCCAAGGCUGAUUCUAGGUCCGGGGAAAUAGAGGACCAGACCAGUAGAUUCUACUUUUAUUUGACCACUGUGACAUGGAAAUGGACCAGAGGCGGGCUUCACCUCCCACCCUGGAAUAACGUCAACAGACUCACACACACAUCCCCAUUCCCCGCUGCAGUUCAGCUACAAGCAGAGCCAGCAAUAAGAACAAAACUCUUAACCAGCUGGAUGUGGAGAGAAGCUGGAACAUGGAAGUCUGGGUACUCACACCCUCUGCAUCUUGGGAGAGCUCCUCUUCUCUGUUCUCUGAACCCAUGGCUCCGUGCCUCCAGGCAACGCUGGAAGACUGUUGUUUUUGUUUUGAUUGUUUCUAAAAGAAGAUAUCUUUAUCCCCCUGAUUCUUCCUCGUUUCUAAUGUUGUUCCAUUUCCUCUCUCCACCCCCCCCCCCAUGCUUCCAUUUAGAUUUUUAAACUGUGGAUCAGUUUUGGAGAAUGUUACAUUGGUAAUUUACCAAUCAGAAGGCACUCUCACACAUACUCCCCAUCUCUAAUGUCGAUGUUCAUUGGCCCUUGUGCUUCCUGUUAAGGGUGGGGGUAACUGGCUGGGAGAGGUAGAAGGGAUUGGGAUUGGUAAGGGGUGGGAUUCAGGGAUGCACUUUAACAGACUCUGAACACCAAGGCUCUUAGACCCAGGAACUGAAACAGGCAUAACGUUCCAAAGAGGAGGCAUUGGUUAGCGUUGGCAGGGAGCCUACUCCUCCCGUGUCCUCCUGAAUCUACUCCUCCUGUUCAUGGGUUCGGUCUGGAGAGACAUGGGGACAUGUGCUUGAAGCCAGUCAGGCUGCAUGCGGACAUGCUUCUAACGUGGUAGGGAGGAACGUUACAUUCGAGCUCCCACCGAAGUCUGUAGAGGUUGAGAGGCGGCACAGCACUUUUGGUAUCACCUUUAGGGAGAAGUGGGACCACAAGUUCUCACUGGGUCUGAUGUUUUGUGAUGUCGGGUUUGUAGCACGCGGCUCUCCGAGAACACACCGCUGCCAUCUGGUGGUCGACGUUGCUACUGCAGUAAUGACCUCACCCAUCGCUGCGUGGGCGGAACGGCCAAUUCUCUCCCCUUAGGUUGUAACCUGAGAUGUCUUCACAUCCAUAAUCACCUAUAUCUAUAUAUUGAAUGUCAAGACAAGUGGGCCCGAGCCUGAAUUCUAUGAGAGUAUUAUGAAAGCCAUAUGAACUGCAUUGAGAUUAGCCUGUGGAUGAUGGGGAUGAUGUCUGAAUGAAGUCCGGAUGAUAUCUCUGGUGUUUCUUGGGUAUGUGUUGCUGCUGCCAGUACUUUGCUACGGAUGGAUGUUCUUCAGAGUUUGGAUAGUGUCACCGUGACAACUGUUUUCUGUCCCCCCCACAGCUGUCCAUGUGUCCAGUUGUGCUCUGAUGGUUGGCAGUGUGUGGAGGUGUGAUGAGAUGUUGUGGCACUGAGGCUGGCUCAGCAUAGCCAUUCCCAGUCGUCUGGUUGUAUUAGAGUAUGACAAGGUGGCGAGGAGGAAUUGGGACCAGGUAAGAGGUUAGUCAAGUGUUUUCUGACGGCCAGUGGUGUUGAUUGUCCCAGAGACAGUGGCUGCCCUUCCCUAGCGUUUUUUUCCUGGUAAGGUGGAUCCAUUCUGGUGUGCUUACUGCCCCACAGAGAUAUGGAGAUGGGGAAACCUCGAAGUGGGCAGCUGCGACAAGCAUGCCCUCUCUCAUGUGAAGGAAAACGUCAGACAGUGUACGGCGACAGAAAUACUGAGACAUUUUAUUUAUACUGUUGUCUACAUUCAUUUUGUCUUAUUUCUCCACCAUUUUUGAUUGUCCCUGACUGCCAGCUGGUGGUCGUUGGUGUCUCACUUCCUGGUUUGCACCAUUUCUUACCGAAGCCCUUUUUUGACACGGCCCCAUUCCACAGAGACCUCAGAACAGACCUCAGGACAGACCUAUUCAUCUGUCUGGAGACUGGAUGAUUGCACAAUUCCAUGCUUCUGUCUGUGGUUGUCAUAGAAACCUGUGUGAUUUAGAAAUAGAAAGUGUGUGUGUGUUCAUUACAAAGAGCCUAACUAAGGUCAUCUUAUCCGUGUCGGUUUGACCCCUUGCUUUCCUCACACAUGCCUGUGUCCAUGUCUCCCCAGUUUCCAUUGUCCCGAUAGAAAGGCCCCCUCUGCUCAUGGCUGGAGUCAAACCCUGACGGUUGGCCCAAUGGCCUUAUAAGUAUAAACUACCUACAUGGUGUGGGUUUGUCUGUGUUAGGAAGUGAUGUCAUUUAAUCUUUCAGCAGUGACCAGGAGUCAUAGUAACACAACACUGAAGAAAGACUACGCAUUCAUCCUCAGUGACACUGCCCCAUGAGGUGUGAGCUGGACCUGACCUGUAGUUAUACUCAUAGUUUGAUAUAGGUUUAUUUCUCAAAGGAGAGAGAGAGAACAAAAGUUAGAUUUAGUGAGAGAGCGGGAGAGCGCGUGAGAUUGAGAGUGAGUGGGAGAGAGAGAGAGAAAACAGAGAGUGAAUGGGAUCACUAGUUGGGAGAUGGGGGUUGGAACUCUGGUACUUGUUAGAAUGCUGGCUAGGGGCAUUCCCUGUGUAUAUCAAUGUGGUAAUACUGAACAGACUGUGAGGCAGCCAAAGACUGUGCAAAAAAAAGUGGGGGAGAGAGGAAGCAAAGUGACAAAUGGGAAAAACUGUUGUAUAAAAAUGUGACUUUGAUUUAGCGAUCAUAUGUGGCUGCAUCGCUUUUCUUUUCUUUAUUCUUUGCAAAAAUGGUGACAGAUUGUCUGUUAAGUUAAAAUGAGAAACAAGCAAACUAUAUUAAAAUGGUUGUUUAUUUGUAUGUUAGGGGGUCUAACAUUUUGCCCUAUAGUCAAUGGUGAUAAAAAAAAAGGUUUGUUUGUUUUAUUUUAUUAAUUAAAAAAACAAAACAUUUUUAACAGUUUUGUGAAUGGGGAAGAGGCUAGCCCAGUAUAGUGCAUGAGUUUAGCCCAGACAACAGAUGGGCUCGACCACUCAGUAUUUAAGAAAAGAUUUAAAGAAAAACAAAAAAUGAAAUAAUGGGCGUGGAGGGGGAGAACCUGUACAAAAAAUCAAAUGAAGUAAACGAAAAGAUACAUAAAAAAAAUGCUGUCAUUAUUUGCAAAGAGUCUGGUAAUUUGUCUCAAUGGGAAUGGUGUAUACAUUAAGGCCUUACAUGACCUGUAUCAUAGUUAAUAAAUCGAUCUUGUAAAAACUG